AUGUAUUUCAGCAGCAACAACAUGAUUAUAAAGACAUGGAACAAAGACACGGCAGUAAGAACAACUGAACAGGAAGGGUUUAGGUUUCACCAUGCUGAAUCAGAUUAUGUAAUGCUCGUGCGUUGGCUGCCUGAAGACGAACCUGAUACUCUCCCUAUCAAUGCAUCUCAUCGAGUUGGUAUUGGGGCAUUUGUGCUCAAUGAAAACAAAGAGAUCCCACGCGAAGCUGGUGAGAUCGAAGAUGGAGAUCGGACGCACUUCAAGGAGAACGCCGACGUCGCUGUAGAUCGGAGCUGACGGCGAGCAGCUGCCGCCCUCGCCUUCGUCGGGUGCAGGCCCUGCAUCUUCCUAUCAACGCUUCCGAUUUCAAGCACCAGAAGUUCACAACGGUUGCCAUUCCCUUACUCUCUCAACCAGGGAGCUUGUAUUUUGUCAGCCAUGUCCAAGGAAAAUGAUGCAUGCAUCACGACUUACAUCGUAGAGACUCAAUCCACUAUCAAACGGGAAUGCUCCCAGUUAAAAAAGAAGAGGAAAAAGAAGCGGCUAAAGAGGUCAUGGGAUGCAAGUGGUGAUUCCCUGCCUAAUGAUUUUCUGCCAGAAAAUGCUUGUGGUAGAAAGGGAAGUUGUAUCAAUGAGGCAGGAGACGAUGCUAAUUCCAAGGAAAGUUUUGAAAGGACAAAUGAUAUACAAUCAGUUACCUUACUGGAGGAAAUGAAGAAACCGAAGAAGCACAAGAAAGGUUUGAAUAAUUUGCAGCCUGCUAUAUUUCAUAUAUCACAAGAGGAAGGACAGCUUGAAAAGGCAGGGAACGUUAGCAGUGAUUCUCUGGCUGACAUUUCUGCAAUAGAGAAUGGUUCUGCUGAAUCAGUUGUUUAUGUCAAUCCAGUUGAAGUUGGAGCUCAAUCAAAUAUAGAUUCAAUUACCACUGGUGAACUGAUUACCUUAUCGGAAGUAGCAAAGCGACGAAAGAAGAAGAAGAAAGAUUUGCACAGUCCCAGGCCUGCCAAAUUGCUUACCUCAAAAGAUGAGAAACAGCUUGAGAUGAUACAGAAAUUUAGUAGUGAUUCUCAGGCUGGUAUUUCUUCAUCAGAGAAUAAUGUCGAUGGAACCAUUAGUCAUGUUAAUGAGGAUAACAUUGAUGCUAAAUCAGAGAAAGACUUGAUGACUACACAGGCUACAGAACCAGCUAAUUUCCAGGAGGGAGGAAAGAAAAAGAAGAAGCGGAAGAAAGAUGUGAACAGUUACCAACCUACCGAGUUACUUUCACAAAAGAGUGGAUGCCAUGAGAAUGCACAUAAAAUUGGCAUUGAUCAGGAUAUCAUUUCAGCAACAGAGAAUGCAACCAAUGAAAAAGAUAGUUAUGUUGAUGAGGUCCAAGUGGAUAAUAACUCAAGAAAUGGCUUGAGCAAUCCCGAGGCUGAAGAACUCGGUACCUGUCAGGAGGGAGAAAAGAAAAAGAAGCGUAAGAAAGCUCGGGAUAGUUCACAGCCAACAAAAUUGAUUUCAUCACAAGUGGAGGGACAGUUGGAAAAGAUAGAGAAUUCUAGCAGCUACUCUCAGCUUGAAAUUUCUGGAACAAAGAAUACUAUCCGUGAAGCAGGUAAGCAUGUCGAUGAUGCUGAAGUUGAUGCUACACCAAAGAUAGAUUUGAGUGCUACACAUGCUACAGAGUCAGCUACCUUACAGAAGGAAGGAAAGGGAAAAGAGAAAAGGGAAGAUUCAAGUAAUCCCCAUUCCUCAGAACUAAUUGCAUCACAAGAGGAAGGGGCAUUUGAGAGUAUGCAGAAUGUUGGUAGUGAUCCUCAGGCAGAUCUUUCUGAAACAAAGAAUAUCUCUAUCAGUAAAAAUAGUUGCAUUCAUGAUACUGGAAUUGAUGCCAACCCUACAGAAGAUCUGAAUAGAUCUCAGUCGAUCAUGUUAGUUGAAUUGCAGGAGGGAGGAAAGAAACGGAAGAAGAAGCAAGAAAAACAUUUGAACUGUUCACAUCCGAUGCAAUUGCCUACUUCAGAUGAUGAAGGAAAGACAAAGAAGAAGCGGAAGAAAGAUUCAAGUAGUUCGGAUCCCAGAGAGAUGCAUGAAUCACACGAAGAAAGAGUUGCUGCGAAAAUGGUUUGUUUGAAGAAUGAUACAUGUCUGGAUAAUUGUCUUAAGGAGAACAUUCCAGAAGUACGCAAAGUGAAAAAGAAGCAGAAGCUGAUGGCCAAGGAUGGGAUCAUUACUGCUGAGGGUAAAGAAGGUGGUCAUGCAGAUGAUGCCAUUAACACUUCGGUAGAGGCGAAGGACAAUAUUGGGGUCAUACAAGCAGGAAUUGGUUCUCUAAUACAUGCAACUGAUGUGCUAACAGAUAAGGAUGACUUCGAUGGCGAACCUGGUUCUUUUUCUGUUGAACUUACGAAUGCCAAUGAGAUUCUAAACAAAGAUGAAGUAAGACUAAGUAGUAUGAAAUCAAUAAAGUAUGGUGGACCUGCAGAGCCUGGUACCGAACGCAUUACUGGGGAUGAAAAACCACAAAGGGGCCAUUCAGAUGAAAAACAUCCCAACAAACACAUGGAGGAUGUGCUGAUGGGAGAACAAGCUCGAGAACAUUCUCCUUUGAUCAAGCAUGACAUCUUGACAGGCAGUGCCUCAUUUAACUGUUCAAAAGAGGUUGCCAUUUGUGAAGAACUUGAGAGGACAUCUGAAAGAGGGAAUGAAGUAACGGGGCAAAGUUCAGAGAAUUGCUCAAAUUGCAAUAAUUCAGGAGAGCAUUCUACAUCAGUGAAGGGAUUGGAAAUGACCAUAGGGAAGAAGGCCGAAUCUAAUUUUUCUGACAUUGAUAUCUCACUAGAGGAAAGCAAGACGCCAACAAAAAUGAUGAAUGAAGUCAAUGUGGAUGUUCCUACUGAAAGGGGCAGCAUUCCACGAGCACCAAAGAUUCCAAUGAAAGGACCUCCUAAUGCAAGUGCUGCCAAAAAGCUCCUUAUCCUUGAUGUGAAUGGGCUUUUAGCAGAUAUCAUUCCUCACUCGCAGCGCCCAACAUCACGUAAGCCUGACUUUCACCUCAGGCAAAAAUCAGUUUACCGAAGGCCGUACUGUGUAGAUUUUCUCAACUUCUGCUUCAAGAAUUUUGAAGUUGGUGUUUGGUCAUCUAGAAAGAGGGUUAACUUGGAUGAAGUUGUUAAGUUUCUCUUUGGAAGUUCUAAACGUGAUUUGCUCUUCUGUUGGGACCGAUCAUUCUGCACCAUCGUAGGCGUGGCCACCAUCGACAAUCCAGAAAAACCCCUAGUUUUAAAAGAGUUGCAGAGACUCUGGGGGGAUUGGAAGAAAUGUCCUUGGAGAAGGGGUUACUUUGAUGCAUCAAAUACAUUAUUGUUGGACGAUUCACCAUACAAGGCUUUACGCAACCCGGUGCACACUGCUAUAUUUCCCCAUUCAUACAAGUGUACUGAUGAUGAAGAUUCUGCAUUAGACAAGUCGUUUGAUCAGUUGAUAGUUGAUACGGUAUCUUGGCGACUCCGCCAUUCUCUUAAUAAACCCUUUAGACACAGCAGUCGGAGGGUAUUUUUCUUAUCUUUUGGGCCAGAAGGUGACAUUCGUAGAUAUCUGGAGCGGUUGAUUGAAGCGCCUCACGUUCAAGAGUUUGUAUCACAAAAUCCAUUUGGUCAAAACCCUAUCAGAGCAUCUGACCCUUCUUGGCCCUUCUAUCGCAAGAUCAUAAUAGGUGGUAACUAACAGGCAUUGGAGCUGCUAGCUUCCCUGUGCAUCUUUAUGGUGCCAGAUUUUUGGGGGUGCGCAUUGUUGUGUCAUGUACUAUUAAGUUUAUUAAAUGUUUCAUUCCUUUGGUAGUUAGAUAACAGAGGGAGAUGGAUAUCAUAUAUCUACAAGUUUUGUACGGACACGUUGCCUGGGUGAAUUUCCUUUUUUAUUAUUUAUACUUUUAGUUUAUUUUCUAUUCUUAAGUUUAUAUCUGAUUAGAUAUUCUAAAAUUGUUAUGUAUUGUUGGAUAUUUUUCACAAAAUAGUUAUGGUUUCUCGUGUAUUAUAAUAACUUUU